AAUGCUUCUACUUCUUCUCACUAUAUCUCGUCUUACUCCUGGUAUUUCAUAGAUUCACUCUGGAGACCUCGGAACUGUUCCUAUGAUGUCGAGCAUUGAGUAUUGAGCUCAACGGCUGGUCUCAGGGUAUCAAAGGUCUAAUACCGUGAUUGUACGCUUGGCUUACAGUUAUCUGCUUCGGCAAGGAUCCAUACUCGAAUAUGGCUGUGGUUAUGGACAAGCUCUCCAAGGAUUGAAUCGUGAUGGAAAUACAGGUUCUGGUGCUUCACUUCUGUCAUGCGCAGAGCAUAGAGAACAACGGCUCCAUCGCACGAGACCACCUCGCCUCUGAGCGGACCUUCCUCGCAUACGUCCGGACCUCCCUCAUCCUCGCCUCCACCGGCGUCGCUCUCGUCCAGUUAUUCUCUAUCUCUUCCAGCACCAGCACCGCCUCCAACGUCACCACCUUCUCGCCUAGCGGGGAAGCGCAGGGCUUCGCCCGCCCGCUGGGAGCCACGGUCGUCAUACUCUCGCUGGGGAUCCUGUGCGUGGGGAUGACAAGGUACUUUUCGAUACAGGGUGCUUUUCCGAGGGGGGAUUAUCCGGUUGCGCGGGUGGUUAUUGCGGUUAUUACUGCACUCAUCGCGUUGGUGUUUGCGUUCGUGCUGGCGUCGAGAAGGUAGACCGCCGACCAAACGUUCUCCUUUCCCAUUCGACAUCUACCUUCCUGUCAAAACCUGACGCCCUACUCUUCAUUGCACUUCGUCACCCGGCGCCAUUGCACCCUAUGCAGGUUCCGCAAGACCAUGCAUUCGCGCAUCCUCCGCCCACCAAUAUCUCAUCUCAUCCACACCCCUCUACCUAAACCCUGGCAUACA